UUCGUUGCCAUAUCGUACUGUUGGGGCGGUGAAAUACCAACAGAGCACCUGCCAAUUUCAUCCAGAGCCUAUCUCAAAGUUACCAGAACCGUCUAUUCUAUCCUACGCCAUAUCUCUGGAGUUGCAAGCGGCCUCCCAAUCUGGCUAGACGCGAUUUGCAUCAACCAGGACGACUGCGAGGAGAAAGGCGUUCAAGUCAGUAUGAUGGGAGACAUUUACGCAGCAGCUCGAUGUGUCCUCGUUUGGCUAGGAAACGGGGAUCUCACUCACGAUGAAGAGUCAGUUCUUUGGUCAUAUUUAACGUCUCCUUACAUUCACAACAAUGCCACGCUUGACAACAUCAGCAGGUUCGGAGGAGUCGGUGAUCAUCUAUUUGGGCGGGUUUUGCAGUCUCCCUGGUUCGAGCGAGCUUGGAUCGUUCAGGAAUUAUGCCUCGCGCGCAAG